AGCAAGCGGUCAGUGGUCGUCAUCAUCCUCUUCCAUUACAACAGCGGCUGUGCUCAACCUCGAAUCCUGCCUACCUAGUGUAGCUGCAGUCUCAACAAGCUCUGCAACCAACACGUCAGCUACACAAGAUACAUGGUUAUCUGCCUGCAGUGUGCACAACGGCCAUGAUGGCUCUUGUCCGUCGGCGGCUGGCGUCACUGGCAUCGCGGCCACUGCUGCAUCGCUAUCAGCGGGUGGAUCCCCCACCUGGCUGGCAUUUCCCACCCGUUGAGGAGCUUCGGUCAACUGCCUGCUCCAACCUGCCGGCAUGUACUGUACGUCCUGAACAAAGGGGGCCUGCCUCCCUGCCAGGCCAUUACACUUUGACAGGGCGACGUCCACCCGCCUUCCCCGGUGCGCCUGAGCAGGCAUUGCCAAAUCCCAUGACAACAACCGCAAUAAUACCAGCUUCUAGGCCCCCUGAAAGAAGCGGUCAGCUGGGCUCUGUUCAAUCUCAAGCUCGCAGGGUUGGCCAGGUUCCGCUUUCUAGAAGCGCUUCGAGGGCUCUGCUCAGUCAGCUUAGACACCAGAGAGACACAAGACACAGGCAACCUGAGCCGUCGAUCGCAACCAGGCAGUGGAUGCAGUCGCCGCGGGCAUUCCUCCUCGCCGAAGCCCCUGCCCAUUGGCGGGCUUAUCUUACUGUGCGCCCGGCAGCUAUCUGUCGGGAUGCAUGAUGCCCGUUUCUCACUCCGGCGCUCAACACCACCGAAGCUCCUCACCGGCUGGCAUCAUGGCGUCGACCUCUCGUGAUGGGACCGUCUCAAAGCCGUCACCGUUAUAGCAUUGCCCGUCAGGCAUCGUCGUCUGUGCUGCAAAAUGACGAGCAGAGCAGUUGGCAAUGGUGCUUUGGAUGCUGUAAACCUCAAAAAGCUUCACAAAGUAUAAGCUCAAGCUCAAGC